AUGCAGAAAGCUUUUGGAAAGAGACGGGUUUUUGGAAAGAUGAAGAGAAACGAAGCACCGAGAGACGUGAUUUGCAAUGGCCUCGCCUUUAAAGUGAUCUUUUGCUUUUCUUUCCGUCUUUUACAAUAUCAUUUCAUCCUCAUAAUACCAAAGAUGCAACAAUUGUGUUCAUCAGAUACCAGUUCAAAGGUGCUGCCUCAUGACGAUGAUUACAGACCUUAA